UGGCGUGGUGAGGGAUUCAUGAUGCUCUGGACCUGUCGAGUGCUCUAUUCCCAGGCUGGCCCCUCUGCUGGGGCCUGGCAGCCCUUGAGCUUUGAUGGUGCGGCCUUCCGCCUCAAGGGCACAGGAGAACUGACACGGGCUUUGCUAGUGCUACGGCUGUGUGCCUGGCCCCCUCUGGUCACCCACGGCCUGGUGCUCCAGGCCUGGUCUCAGCGACUCCUGGGCUCCCGGCUCUCAGGCGCGCUUCUCCGAGCAUCUGUCUAUGGGCAGUUUGUGGCUGGUGAGACCGCAGAGGAGGUGAGGGGCUGUGUCCAACAGCUCCAGACUCUAGGCCUCCGGCCCCUGCUGGCAGUGCCUACUGAGGAGGAGCCAGACUCAGCUGUCAAGACUGGUGAGGCCUGGUAUGAGGGAAACCUCAGUGCGAUGCUGCGGUGUGUGGACCUGUCACGAGGCCUCCUGGAGACCCCUGGCCCAACUGGGAACAUCCUCAUGCAAUUGAAGGUGACGGCGCUGACCAGCUCUCGGCUCUGUAAAGAGCUAACUUCGUGGGUCAGAAGGCCCGGAGCUCCCUCGGAGCUGAGCCCUGAGAGGCUGGCAGAAGCCAUGGACUCUGGCCGGGGCUUCCAGGUCCCCUGCCUCAAUGCCGAGCAAAACCAGCAUCUCCAGUCCUCUCUGAGACGCUUACAGCAGGUGGUACAGCAUGCCCGGGCCCAGCACGUGAGGCUCCUGGUGGAUGCCGAGUACACUUCGUUGAAUCCUGCUCUGUCUCUGCUAGUGGCUGCCCUGGCAGUGCGCUGGAACAGCCGCAGGGAAGGUGGGCCCUGGGUGUGGAACACUUACCAGGCCUAUCUGAAGGACACAUACGAGCAGCUGAGGCGAGAUGCUGAGGCUGCAGACAGGUCCGGUCUGGCCUUUGGAGUGAAACUGGUACGAGGGGCGUAUCUGGACAAGGAAAGAAAGGUGGCCCUGCUCCAAGGGGCCAAAGAUCCUACUCAGCCUGACUAUGAGGCUACCAGACAGAGUUAUAGCCGCUGUUUGGAGCUGAUGCUGACCCACGUGUCCCAACGUGGCCCUCUAUGCCACCUUAUGGUGGCUUCCCACAAUGAGGAAACUGUUUGCCAGGCAACCAAGCGCAUGUGGGAGCUGGGCAUUCCUCUGGAUGGGCCCGUCUGUUUUGGACAACUUCUGGGGAUGUGUGACCAUGUCUCCCUGGCAUUGGGGCAGGCCGGCUAUGCCGUGUAUAAGUCCAUCCCCUACGGCUCUCUGGAGGAGGUGAUCCCCUACCUGAUCCGGAGGGCCCAGGAGAACCGGAGUGUGCUGCAGGGUGCCCGCAGGGAACGGGAGCUGCUCAGCCAAGAACUUUGGAGGAGGCUGCUGGGUGGGGCCUGAGGCUACCCUUUUAGCACCCCCAGGGGUUAUGUGGUCAAUAAAGGUCCCGAGCUACUGUCU